AUGUAUAGAAAUAGGUUUUGUUGACAUCAUGGCUGCAGGUCUCCGCGGGUAAAACCACUGCAGGAACCAUGGAACAGUAUGAGUGUGUACAAAGACUGGGGCUUGGUGCUUGUGGUUCAGUGUAUCUGGUCCGACAUACCACAUCCAAAAGGCUCUAUGCCAUGAAGAAGAUAGAAAUAGAUGAAAAGAGGAAAACGAGGACCAAAGAUGCAGUGCUUAAAGAAGCCAGCAUUCUAUCUCGUCUCAAGCAUCCACACAUUGUGGCCUUCUAUGACAGCUUUGUCCAUCAUGAUGAACAUCAUGUGUGCAUUAUACAGGACUACUGUGAUGGUGGAACGCUUGCUGACCAAAUACAAACAGCUUCUAGUACUGGUAUCAAGCUGAAAGAAAAACAAAUCAUGCAGUGGUUUGUGCAGAUUGCCAUAGCUGUUCAGUACAUUCAUUCACAAAAAAUUUUACACAGAGACUUGAAGACAGAGAAUGUAUUCCUGACAAAGAAAAAUGUGGUGAAAAUUGGUGACUUUGGCAUCUCUAAGAUUAUGGACAAUACUAUUGAUGUUGCCAAGACAGUGGUGGGGACUCCAUCCUAUUUGAGCCCUGAACUUUGUCAAGACAUCCCUUAUAAUUCAAAGUCUGACAUAUGGGCUUUGGGAUGCCUGCUGUAUGAGAUGUGUGCACUUCAUCCACCCUUUUCUGGCACCAGCCUUAUCAGCCUGUUUUAUAAAAUUGUCAAGGCUGAGUUUGAGCCCUUACCUGCUUAUUUCUCUGAUGGCCUUCAAGACAUUGUCAACACAAUUUUGGUCAAGUCCCCAGAUAACAGACCUAGUGCCAGUACUAUUUUGAACAAGCCAUUUGUCAAGGAGCACUUGGCAACUUUUAUAGCAGAGACUGAGACUUACCGACAGCAGCUUGGCAGUGGACGAAGUCCAGUGUGCUCUGAUCAGUCUUGUGAAAACUCUCCUCUCAAACAACAGGCAACCAGUGCUGCACACCUAAUUCAUAACAUGCGCCUAAAAGCUUGGGAAGGCACUCCAGGAACAAAACAUAGUUUCCGAACAGAAUUAGACAGUCAUGCAGAGAAGGUUGCUGGUGUUAAGGUGAAGGACCCUGGAGCAUCAGGAGAAGGCCAUCAACAUCUUGCCCAGGUGAAGGAGGCUGAUGACAGCUUGGACUAUUCAGAUGACUUUGAUGAAUCCUCAGACUCAGAGAUUGACGAGGAUAUACAAGGAGAAAGAGAGGAGGCAAUCACUGGGAUUUUAAGUGAAGAGGAGACAACCCAGUAUUUUGAUGAUUUUGAAGACUAUGACUCAGGGGAGGAACUGAAGGAAGUCAUUCAACAAGCCCGUGAAGCCCAGGUGCUGCCUCCAGCUGAUGAUUACUUUGAGGAAAACAUUGGCAAUGUUGAUGACUUCACAGAAACAUUGACAGAAGCAUCUGUUAUUAGAUCACAAUUUGCAGCAAUAAAGUUGGAACAGGACAGCAUGUCAUAAAGCAAAGGGAUGUGGCUAUCAGCAUUCUUACCAGGCUCAAGAAAGUUGACAGACUGAGCUUACACCAUCCCCAACAGCUGAUGAGGUGCAUGAAACAGACAUGGAAAUGCAGAUGCAAACCUGAGAACUGUACAACUGUUGAACUAGCCAUCACUGACUGUGUGAAGACACCAGCAAGAUAGAGGAUAUAGGACAGCUAUUUAGCCUUGGCUAAUAUAACGCAAAGAUCUUAAAAGCUGAGAAUUUUUAUGUCUAUUCCAUCAUUGGGGGGAUGGGGAAUUGCUGUCAGUUGUAAAAUUCCUUAAGAUUUCCACAUGCUACACCAUUUAUGCCUGAGAGAGAAUUAAUGAAUUAAAUUUUGUGUCUAUUUUUAUGCUGAAUCUUAGAAACAACCAUGAAAACUGUACAAAGAAAACACGAGACAGCAACAAGUUUGAGGAGAGGUGGAAAUGCAUCAUCAUUUAAUGACUGUGGCAACAAUAAGUCUUUUCAUGAGGAUCAGUUGGCCACUUUUUCACUUCUGGUUUCCACUGUCAUUUCCUCUUCUCCAUACAGCAUAACCUCCAAACUCAGCCAUUUCUUACAUCUGUCUUCCAAGACAAUUUACGAUGCUAUAUAUGUGAUUUGCAGUAUCUCUUUAGAAAAUACAGGAUGCUAUUUGCAACAGGAUAUUUUUUUCAGAGUAUAGGAUGCUAAAUAUCUGACGUAGUAUUUGUCCAGGGAGUACUGAUUACUAAUGAUUAAUAUCAGUGUAGUGCAUUUAUCAUUCCAGUUCUAGAACAUGCAUCAUCCUAAAUAUUACAGGAAACGAACCAUUCUGAUGUUUUUUAUCAGCAUUCAAUCACUACUUUGCACAGCAAACCGCACUAGAGACAUGGUGAUCUUUUGAGUCACUAGAGGAAAGCACAAGGAAGAUCUAGCUGCAUGAAAGCUUCAGACAUACUGAGAAGGGAAUUGGUGUUGUACACUGAGCCAGCAACUAAGGCAAUAGCACGGCAAGGCAGCCAACCUGUAAGGACGCCCUGUACAGGACGUGAUGACUAUCACCCACAAUAGCCAAGAGUGGCAGGCCAUGUCAGUUGCCGCGUCUGCCCAUGUGCUUACCCCCAACGACAAGUGCCAGUCAAGGGAUGACUGACUGACUGAACCCUCAUUUUAUUGGUGACAGGCAUUAACCAUUUGCCACCAGGCUGCCCUUCAGACAUACUGAGUCACUAGAGGAAUGACACUAGGAGGUUUCUCCCCACUAGAAGGCAGAACUGAACUUGCCUAGCACUAGAGGGUAGUGUUGUACACAUUUGAAAGUUUAGUUUAGUUUAGUUUAUUCUUUGUUGCUCCUUUGAGGAGCAUAGGGCCGCAACACAUUUGAAAGCCAGAACUGUAAAUAUCCCUGUGAUUUACCAUGUGAUCAGUCUGUGCUGCCAGAUUUAGCACCAUCCCCAAGAUGAUGUUCAAAAUACUACUUUAUUCCUGUCAUUGUUUGCUAUCAAGUAUCUGAUUUUGAUGGUCAUUUUUCUAGUGUAUCAAACAUUGAUCUUUUAUCCACUCCUAUGAUUUGUUGUAAUUUAGAUAUUGGUGCUGCUGAUGGUAUUUUCAUCGCUCGCUGCACUUCACUCACAAAAUAACUUAUCAUCAAUGCACGUAAUGAUCAUGAUGAUAAUGGUGGUAGUGUUUAUUAAUUAUAAUUUUGUUUUGAUAAUUAAAAUUGUAGCUUCACACGACUAUCCUAUAAGUUCAAAGUGCUAGCAUAAUUUUUCAAGUUCUCUUUUCAGCUGCUAAAAGGGGCAUAUUUCAGUAUCAUUCAAUUGACCUAAGCUAACUAAACUGAAUGAAGGAUCCAACACAGGAUAACAGAGAGCUUCUACAUUUGGAAAAAAUUCUACCCCCCAAUUUUUUUCUUUCCAAGAAAAAAAUCCUAAGAAGAGAGAACUGUUAUCUUCAUGUGCAUACUUUUUGACAGUGGUAUUAUCUAGAGAAGCAGGAUAUAUGACAGCCAUUUAGCACUAUUACAACACAAAGAAUCUAAAAUUAAAAAACCCCAAGAGUAUGUUAGCAUUUAUUCAUUUAUUAAAUUUAUUGUCUGUAUAAGGCACACAUCCAUAACAGAAAUGCAUCUUUGGCUCACACAAGAACACUUGCAACCUCACCCUCCCACACACAAACACAUACACUUACCACCCUAAACAAAAUAAUGUCAAGAACAUAUUCCAUUAUUGUGGGGGAAGUGGCUGUCAGUUGUAAACAUUCAUGUACAAAACAGCAAUGAAAGCUGUACAAAGAAAACAUGAAACAGUGUGACAAAAACAAGGUUGAGAUAAAGGGGAGAGAAGUCUGAAUGGACAUGCUUCAUAGAUCAGUUAACUUGUUUCCUAUAUGGAAAGGAAGAAUUGUUCAGUGUUUCUGCGUUCUUUUGUGACCAAGUCAUUUGAAUUUGUAGAUUUGUAGAUGUCCAAUUUUUGCCAAUGGAUUACUUCCUUUUUUAGGCUGGGCCAUUUUGAAGUCGAGGCCACAAAGCAAAAAUGCACUUCCUAUUUUCUUUUUACUAUAUUCAGUAUUUUCCCACUUUGUAACUUACUUCCAACCCAAAAGUGCCCCUUUGUUGCAGAGAAUGGAUGGCUUUUGAGACAUUAUUGUCAAGUGAUGACUGUUUUACAAUUAGUGCUGCCAUAACACUGCGGUGUAUUUCUCCCUAUAUAUGUGUGGACUGUUUUACAUGCUGCAGUCAGUAUGAACUGCUAUGCAUUACCUAUCCACGUUCAGUCAGCCUGAUUGCUGUACCUUAUAUACUUUAUUAAGUCUGCUAUGCAUUUUUCAAAAUUAGGAGUGAUGGUCAUUUAUAUGUAGACUGCUGUAUAUGAUUGUAAACAUUUUACACAUCUUGCAAAUUGUAUAUGUUUUCUAGGUAAUUCUGUGUGCGUUGUGUUCAAUAUAUUCCAUUGUGUACUCAAGUUACUAUGCAUCUUUUGGGACUGGGGAUCACAAACCUGCUUUAUUUUUUCAUGUCAUUCAGUUGAGAAGCAAAUGGGAAAGGACAAAGUUGGGCGGAUGAUGAGGGAUUUGCCUAUGGAUGUGUGUGGGGAUGUGAGCAUCUCACGACAGCUGCUUUUUAAAAAAAAAUGUAACAAUGUCAUUGAAAGGCUCCACUAGUAUAAAUCGUGAAAGUCAGGGCUAAGGCCAGGAGGGAUUUUUGCCAGUUUUGUGUCCUCUGUUGGAGUAGUCUCUUUCUCGACUAGGUUGAGGAACCUGAGAGUUUUCCUCAUUGUUGUGAAGUCCUGAUAAAACUUGUUAGAACUCUAUUCACUGUUGCAGUGAGUCCAAGUCAGUUUUUAUUUGUGAGUUAGCAAAUUGUUGAGUCUUUUUUGAGUCUGUCAGUUCUGGGGCAGGAGGAGGGUAGAAGGGGAGAAUUUUUGAGUUGCAUUUGAUUUUAUAUGAUGUAAUUGACUGUAUUUAAAAUGAUUAAUUGGAGAAUACUUGAUACUAGUAUCAUUAAUUUAAAACUGAAUGUUUGUUAGAUUUAAGGACUUAAUUCGCUCUUUAUUUUUUUCUUGUAUUUCUGUUUUUCAUAUAUUGGUGCUCCAGAUCUUGUGGGGCUUUGCAAGGAGCAAUGACCCAGAAAAAGACUGCUUUUUCUGUGUUUUUUUCAUCUUGGAACUCUAAACCUGAUGGAGGCUUUGAGGAGGACUUUCAAGAGAUAUCACCUGAAAGCCGCUACUGAGUUUGCUGAUUACAUUGGAGCUAAUAAGGAAAUGUCAAUGUCAAAUCCAAACCAUUUCACUGCAGUACCACUGUACAAGGGACAGCAUUUGAUAACUAGCGCUACUUUUCUGUGUCCAGUCUAGGCUCUUUCACUGCAGUACAGUUGUAUAUGUUUAGGUGCAGUGUUGGCAUACCUGGCGAGGAAAACUGCAGGCACAUUGGUAAUCUUGAGUGUGAAAAGUUUGUAAAUAUGAAACCAUGUUGUUUUAUUCUGCUGAGCUAAUUUAGGUGGUUGUGUGCAUGUUAUGUUUGCGUGUGUGUGUGUGUGCAAGAGCUCAGAUACCUAUGUUUGUGUGCAUGUGCAAACACUCAGGCAUAUGUGUGUAAGAUAGGUUAUUCUUAAUAAAAAUGACUACAAAA